AUACUUGCACAAUCCAUUAGCAAAAGGAUUGCGUGGUACACAAAAAUGGCAAAAAUCUCUCUCAUGAUCAUCACUGGUCUUCUUGGAUCUCUUCUCAGUGCCGAAUGUACAGUUUUUAUCAAAAAUGAACAAGCAAGCUCGAUUUUGCGCAGGCUGAAGAGGUAUAAUUCAAAUCGACUGGAAGAGUUUGUUCCAGGGAACCUCGAGAGAGAAUGUAAGGAAGAAAAAUGCAGUUUUGAAGAAGCGCGAGAAGUCUUUGAAAACACGGAAAAAACAAUGGAGUUUUGGAAAGGGUAUAUUGAUGGAGACCAGUGCAAUCCAAAUCCGUGUAAAAAUGGAGCCCGUUGUGCAGAUGACGUCGGUUCCUACGUGUGUUGGUGCCCGGCAGGGUAUGAAGGAAGGAACUGUGAGCUAGAUUCAACCUGUGCUACUAAGAACGGAGGAUGCAAGCAUUUUUGCACCAAUGAUCCACCCCGCAAAGUUGUUUGCUCCUGUGCAGUUGGCUAUAAACUGAAUGGAGAUGGAAAAUCCUGUGACCCUGCAGGUCAAGUUCUAAAAUGAUGUAAAGAUUUGGGCUGAGAUUUCAAAAGCUUCCUGGAGUAUUUAGGCACACAGUGUCAUUGAAAUGAAUGGGACAAGUGCAUCUAGAUCCCCUUGGUGGCUUUGGAACUCUCAGCCUGGUUGUUUCAUAAAGCAUGUUGUGAAAUGUGUAGUAGAGCAGGUUAGCAAUAGUCGUGGACAUUUUGUGGCAGGUAAGGGCCACGCGCGCAGUUGGUGGCAUAAACCCCUUCCCCAAACAAGACAUAGAAAAAAUAGAGCCACACUAAGGCCACCACUCUACAGAGCAGGAAUGGGAUGCUUAAGAGUAGGCAUUGGGAUCACUGCUUGUUUCAGGUGGCCAUCUAUAGGUCAUGUCUACUUUUCCUCUGUCAUUGCGCCAGUAUGACCCUCUUACAACAUUCUCUGCCGAGACCCCUAACUUUCUAGAGGGAAAAGCCAUGUGUCCAGCUGCUCUCAUGCCCACAGGUAUGCAUGCCAUAUGAGUUCUUGCAAGCAAGAGCUAUGGCAUUGUUGAUCCCAUGUUCUUCAUAUUUGGGAUGCGAUGGGCUUUUUGAUUACAGUAGAUAGGAUGGAGCAAGUCUACAUCCAGUCAGAAUGGGCUACAUCCCAUACAUGGUACAGAACAGGGCUAGAUCCCAUCUUUGAACAUCAUGGGGAGUUGACCUACAAGUUCUUUGAGAAGUCUUCACUGGAGACAUGCCAAGUUCGUGCUGCUUUUGGGUAUUAUUUCUAUUCCACCACUGGAUAGUCAGAAAAAAACAUGCAGUUGAUGCUAAAAUCUGCAACCUAAAUCUACUAUUAAGGAGGUAAAAAAAAAAAACCUUUAAAAGGAAAUACAUGGAUUUUCACGGUUGCAACUUUAGAAGGAAGCUUUACUUUGAAAAACAUCAUGAAACAACUUUAUCUUGUUACGUCUCCCAGAUUUGACCAUAU